AACCACAUUCCCUAUCGUGAUUCCAAACUGACACGCAUCCUGCAGCAGUCGCUGGGCGGCAAUGCGAAAACCACCAUGGUUAUCUGUUGCUCACCGGCAGAGUACAAUGAGGCCGAGACCAAGUCCACCAUCCUCUUUGGCACGCGGGCCAAACGCAUCAAGAAUCAGGCCAAGUGUAAUGUGCAGCUGAGUGCUGAGCAGUGGCAGCGCAUGUACGAGAAGGAGGCAGAAAAGGUGAAGCGCUUCCAGGCCAUCAUAGCGGGUCUGGAGGAGGAAGCCAAGAAGUGGCGUGCUGGUCAGAAGGUACCCCAGGAGGAG